AUGGCCCCUGCUGAAAUCAAUUAUAUACCCCUAGGUCGCCCGGCCUCUCCUGGACUUCUUGCUUCAGAUUUCUUUCAACAGCAACUCGCGAAACAACGCAACAAUAACUAUCAUUCUACUUCACUCAGAACAAUGGUUGCCACUUCAGUAAAUCGCACUGCCCUCCACCCUGGUGGUGUCCAACCUAGCAAGGGUCACACCGAGUUGGAGGAGGAGCUACAUGAGACUGCCCACAUUGACUACGACCGAGUUGCAAUUAUUGCCAACCCUGCUGUCCCUGCUCUAUAUGAGGAUGCUCUUGUGUACGAGACUGGCUCUGCUAUCACAUCAAGUGGUGCUUUGAGUGCAUACUCUGGUGCUAAGACUGGUCGUUCUCCUUCCGAUAAGCGUAUUGUCAAGGAAGAGUCCUCCGAAAAUGAGAUAUGGUGGGGACCCGUGAACAAGCCAAUGAACCCUGAUGUCUGGCGUAUUAACCGUGAGCGUGCUGUGGACUACCUCAACACCCGUAACCGCAUCUAUGUUAUCGAUGGUUAUGCUGGAUGGGAUGAGCGCUACCGUAUCAGCGUUCGUGUCGUCUGUGCCCGUGCCUACCAUGCUCUGUUCAUGCGAAACAUGCUCAUCCGCCCAACCAAGGCCCAGCUCGAGCACUUCCACCCCGACUAUGUCAUCUACAACGCUGGUUCAUUCCCGGCUAACCGCUUCACUGAGGGUAUGACUUCUGCUACCUCCGUCGCUAUCAACUUUGCCGAGAAGGAGAUGGUUAUCCUCGGUACCGAGUACGCUGGUGAGAUGAAGAAGGGUGUCUUCACUGUCCUCUUCUACGAGAUGCCCGUCAAGCACAACGUUCUUACCCUCCACUCUUCUGCCAACGAGGGUGCCAAUGGUGAUGUCACCGUUUUCUUCGGUCUUUCCGGCACUGGCAAGACCACUCUCUCCGCAGACCCCAAGCGUAAGCUGAUUGGUGACGACGAGCACUGCUGGACCGACACUGGAGUCUUCAACAUCGAGGGUGGUUGCUACGCGAAGUGCGUUGGCCUCACCCUCGAGAAGGAGCCCGAUAUUUUCAACGCCAUCCAGUUCGGCUCCGUUCUUGAAAACGUCGUCUUCGACCCCGUCAGCCGUGUUGUUGACUACGAGGACACCACCUUGACCGAGAACACUCGCUGCGCCUACCCCAUCGAAUACAUUGAGAACGCCAAGAUCCCUUGUGUCACUGACAACCACCCCACCAACAUCAUUCUGUUGACUUGCGACGCUCGUGGUGUCCUGCCCCCCAUCUCCAAGCUCACUCCCGAGCAGACCAUGUUCCACUUCAUCUCUGGUUACACCUCCAAGAUGGCCGGUACCGAGGACGGUGUCACCGAGCCCCAGGCCACUUUCUCCUCCUGCUUUGCCCAGCCUUUCCUGGCCCUGCACCCCAUGCGCUACGCCACCAUGCUUGCUGAGAAGAUCAAGCAGCACAAGGCCAACGCCUGGUUGCUCAACACCGGUUGGGUCGGUGCCGGUGCUACCACCGGUGGCAAGCGUUGCCCCCUCAAGUACACCCGCGCCAUCCUCGACGCCAUCCACAGCGGCGAGCUUGCUGGCGCAGAGUACGAGAACUACGAGGUCUUCAACCUACCCGUCCCCAAGGCCUGCCCUGGUGUCCCCAGUGAACUGCUCAACCCCAAGCACGGCUGGACUGCCACCGCCUCCUUCGGUGACGAGGUCAACAAGCUCGGAAAGCUCUUCAACGAGAACUUCAAGAAGUACUCAGACCAAGCCACCCCUGAGGUCCUUGCCGCUGCUCCCAAGACUGCUUAG